AUGGGAUUAGUACUUUUGGAUUCAGGCAGCGAAACUACCCUUGUAAGAACUGGGUUUGCAAAGCAACUGGGGAUAUCAGGUCCUAGGCAAAACCUAACCGUUGACACAGUAGGGGGGGUUAGUACCACGGUCAAGUCAGAGCGCGUGCAUCUACCAUUUGCAUCAUCUGCGGUUAAAGGAACUGUGAGCGCGUGGACAAUAAAAAGCAUCUGUGCUCCUGUCAGUGCUAUUGAUUGGUCAGAGGUCAAGCGACGCUAUGCGCAUUUGUGUGAUGUCCCAGUAGAGAACACGGGCAACGGGACGGUUGAUGUUUUGUUAGGCCUCGACACAGCAGCCUUAAUGGCCCCAUUGGAAGUCAGGAGGGGUGGGGUCACAGAACCGUAUGCUGAGAAGACACCGCUGGGGUGGGUUAUCGCGGGCCCAGUCUCAGACUCCGAGGGUGGGGGAAAGCGCAUACUCCGCGCACACGUGUCAGAAGCCGAAGACGACACAAAUCACAACCUGCGCAUGUUCUGGGAAGUAGACACGUUUGGCGUCCGCGUCGAGGAAUCACCACCAUACAGCCGCAGCGAACAGAGAGCCUUGGAUGCCUUGGAUAAGUCAUGCCGACUAGUGGAUUCAGGUUACGAGUUAGCGCUCUUGUGGAAACCUGACCGACCUCCAUUACCUAAUAACUACGCCACAGCCUUGAGUCGCCUAGAGUCAGUGGAGCGUCGCCUGCAGAAAGACCCGGAGCUGGCGCAAGGGUAUAAGAAAGCGAUCAGCACGUACGUCGAGAAAGGGUUUGCCUGCAAGCUCUCAGAUGAGGAACGGGUGGAGGAUACAGAGCAAUGGCUGCUACCCCAUCACCCGGUGUUGUCGCCACACAAGCCUCUUCCAAGAGUCGUGUUUGAUUCAGCCGCAGUGCACGAUGGGAUCUGUCUCAACGACUGUCUAGAAGCAGGGCCUAGUCUACAUAACGAUCUACCAGGCGUUUUGAUGCGUUUCCGUGAACGACCUGUAGCGCUCGCGGGUGAUGUGUCAGACAUGUUUUGUCAUGUGCGCUUGCGUACAGAGGACCGCAAGUACCACCGCUAUCUUUGGCGAGAUCUAGAGACGGACAAGCCGCCUGAUGUUUAUGAGAUGAAUUGCCUCGUGUUCGGAGAUAAGUCGUCGCCAUGUGAAUCGAACUUUGCCGUCCAGCGUACGGCUGAAGACAACAAAGAGCAAUGGCCAGACGCCGCCGCCGUAGUCAAGCGCGACAUAUUCGUUGAUUACUUAUACACGUCCUGGGAGGAUGUCGGAGAAGCUGUAAAGCUGCGCGAGGAUGUUACCGCACUUAUGGCUAAAGGGGGAUUUCCCAUGCGUAAGUGGAUGUCGUCGUCUGCCGAGGUGUUAGCUACCGUACCGGAGACAGAGCGAGCCGUCCGUAACGAGGCCCUAGAGAUGUUAGAGCUGCCGCAAGGUCGAGCGCUUGGGGUGCGAUGGGAUCCUCAGUCAGACACCCUCGGCUUUGCAUUUGCACACGUCGAAAGACCCCCCGCAGAAGAAACAAAACGGGGUGUCCUCAAGAAACUAGCGGGAUUGUAUGACCCGUUAGGAUGGGCAAGUCCAUACGUGGUUCGCGCCAAAGUCAUGUUGCAGCGUACAUGGUCACGUGGCAUAGACUGGGAUGAGUUACUACCGUCAGAUCUGCGCUUAGAGUGGAGCAAGGUGGAGGCGGAGAUGGUUGCCCUAAAGUCCUUUGUUGUCCUACGCUACAUUUACCGUCAGCCCAGUAAGUUAAGGAAGAAGCAGUUAGUAGUGUUUUGCGAUGCGUCUGAGGAAGCAUGCGCCGCAGUCGCCUACGUGCGCGCAACGUCGACAGUCGGGGAAGUCACGUGUCAUCUAGUCAUCGCAAAAACGCGCCUCAUGCCGUUGAAGCCGAUCUCAAUCCCGAGAGGGGAGCUAAUGGCGUGUCAGCUAGCCGUACGACUCGCCAAGGCCGCUUGUAUACAGCUCAGUUUGAGUAUGCGAGAGGUGAUCUACCUUUCGGACUCCACUACCGCACUGUGGUGGAUUCGUGGCGAGCCGAGGAAUUUCAAGCCGUUUGUCGCCAACCAUAUAGCUGAGAUCUUGACAGAGAGUGACCCCAUCCAGUGGCACCACGUACGAACGGAGAUGAACAUCGCCGAUGUGGCAACAAGAGGAGCCUCCGCAGGCGACAUACAAGCCAACACAACUUGGAUUGAAGGGCCGGAUUUCCUGAGGUUACCAGUGCACGCUUGGCCGAUAGAUGACGUUCAAACCACUGCACCGCCGUCGGAAAAGUCUGAGAUGCGAAAGAAGGUCCUGAGAGUGCAGCAAGAAGCAGACGCCCCUUUGAUCGACCCUGCUGCGUUUUCCAGUUGGUUAAAGCUGCGCCGAGUUACGGCCUGGAUCCUGCGUUUCCUGUAUAACCUGCGCAACCGAGAUAAGCCCAAGUUGGGAGCACUAAGCAUUGAAGAGUUGAAGACAGAGAAAUUGAGUCGUUGGAGAAGGGACAGCCAGUUCCUCGAGCAAGUCGCAUUGCAAACCUCGACCCACAGCUUGUAG